AUGAAGAAGUAUCCAUUAAUAAAUCAUCCACCAAAUCAAAAAGGUUUAAAAGACCAAAAUAGAAUGGGACAAGGAAAUAAUAACACUGGAAAAUUUCGUGAUACUAAGCAGUAUAAUAAUAAUGGAAAUAAUAAAAUGAAUAUGAGUAAAAUGCAUAUGAGCAAUAGUAUGUACACUAAUAAUAGUGGAGACAAUAGUAUGAGCAAUAAUAAUAUGAAUAAUGGAAACAGUGGAAAUACAAUGAAUAGUAUAAAAACGAAUAAUAAUUCAUUAGGACUAUAUAUUGACAAUCCUCAGAAUGCUUUUAUUUUUGAUGAGAAUGAUUUAAAAACAUUAUUUUCAUAUUAUAAAGGUGCAAAAAGUAUAAGAAUAUUAAAUGAUAAAGCAGCAGCUCAAAUAACAUUUAACGACCCAAAUAUGAUACAACAAGUAAGAAAAGAUAUUAAUGGGUUAACAAUUAAUGAUAUCGGUACUAUUAGGUGCAUUACACUUAAUGAAGGGAAAGUAAUUGAGCAAUUUUUGCCAUUUUCUGCUAAUGACCCAAGUAAUGUUCAGAAUAAAUCAAAUAAUGGGAAUGAGGAUAGUGAAAAUACAGUUAAUAUGUUGAAGAAGCUAGCUAAUUUAUUACAAAACAAUGGAGGAAAAGGUAAUGAUGAAAAUAAUAGUGGACCUAAUGAUAUUUCACGAGUUAAUGGGAAUGGGGAUAUGAUGAGUAAUCCACAAAAUGGAAGAAAUAAAAAUAAUGAAAAUAUAAAUAAUAUGUUUGGAAAAAAUCAAGUUAAAAAUAAAAUGUCAAAUCAUUCUAAUUAUAAUAAUAAUAAUAUGAAUUCUAAUUUUAGUCAAAAUAAUAAUACAAAAAAUGAGCAUAAUGAUAAUCCAUAUGCUACUAAAAGAUUAAGUAGAUUUGAACUAAUUGAUAUAUUUGGUUAUCCAACAGAAUUUGAUGUUAUGAAAAAAAUAUUAGGUUUGAAUAAUUGUAAUAUAACAUAUGUAAAUGAAAAUACAAACAAUAAAUUGUCUAUAGAAAUAAAAGGGAAAGCAUUAAAUGAAGCUCCAAUUGUUGAGAGAAUGCAUAUAUCAGUUAUAGGAGAUGAUUUAGUUUUAUAUAAAAAAGGGAUUGAAUUAUUAGUAGAAUUAUUAAAUUCAAUAUAUGAAGAAUUUUGUAUUUUUUGUAAUGAAAAUAAUUAUGAAAUACCAGAAAAUUUAUCUUUUAAAAGGCAUGAAUAUAUGUAUAAAUCUGAUGGAUCUACAAAAUAUGUUGGUUUUAAAGACACAUGGAAUGUUGGUAAUGAUAAUUAUACAAAUGAUUAUUCUUUUAAGAAAAAUAAAAAUAUAACAAAAAAUGAUAAGGACAAGAGAAAUAAUAAUUCAUUUGGUGGGUAUUUUAACUAA